GAAACAAACAACUUAAAAAGCAAAUGGAAGCUUCAAUGAAGAACAUAUGCCUUUUUGGUUUUGUUAUGGUUCUGGUGAUUGCUGGGUUGAGUGAAGUGAGUGGAGCUGGUGAGUGUGGGAAAGCUAACCCUGAAAUGGAGGCGUUCAAGCUCGCUCCUUGUGCUUCAGCUGCAAAUGAUGAAAACGCAUCGGUUUCCUCCAGUUGCUGUGCUGCUGCAAAGAAAUUGGGCCAAAACCCAAAAUGCUUGUGUGCAGUUUUGAUGUCUAACAUUGCCAAGAGUUCUGGUGUGAAUCCUGAGAUUGCAAUGACGAUUCCAAAACGAUGCAACAUAGCUGAUCGCCCUGUUGGUUACAAGUGUGGAGCUUAUACUUUUCCUUAAAAGCUACCAGAUUCCGUGGAAGUUAUAUGACAUUUUCAAAGUUGUACCAGUGAGUUUGGGCUGUAUCUUAGUUGGUUAUUUCUAGCUAAGGGUUUCUGCUCAUUGUGUUUAGUAAAUAAAUUACUGGUAAGUAGUUUGAUUGUGUGUCUUAGAUAACUUCCAUGUUGUUCUUUAAUGUCUUUCAUUAAUGGGCUGCUGUUCUUUCCCUUGUAUCAACUUUUAUAUGGUCAGCGAUUAUAUAACUUAAAAAGGAAUGCAAUUUGCUAUUUGGAUUUGACAUAUUUUGAUA